CCGGCCGGAGGGGCUGCGUGCGUGCGGAGGCCGGGGGACAGCGGAGUACCCAGCAGCUGGGACGGCGGGGACUCGGAACCUCCGCGCGUCAAGGCCUGAAACCAGCAACCCCCGAACCCAAGAAGCUGAAAUUUUUCUUCCCAGUUGAACCAGAGAGGGCUCUGGAGGAAAUUAUUUCCACCGUUUAUCAGGCCUGACGAAGGGACACCAGCCCACUUCUUUUGGAAGGAAAGAAGCCAGAGAAGCUAUAGAUUUCCUCCCAGAGGAUGACUCUUAACACCCAGCAGGAAGCAAAGACCACUCUGCGACGUCGAGCCAGCACGCCACUACCCCUGUCGUCCAGGGGCCACCAGCCUGGCCGCCUAUGCACAGCACCCUCAGCUCAAUCCCAGCAUCCCCGACUGGGUCAGUCCGUCUCCCUUAACCCUCCCGUUCAGAAACCCUCCCCUGCCCAGGAUGGGUGGUCCUCCGAAUCCAGCGACUCUGAAUGCUCUUGGGAGGCACUCUACCGGGUGGUGCUUCUCGGAGACCCCGGUGUGGGGAAGACCAGCCUGGCCAGCCUCUUCGCGGAGAGACAAGAUCGAGACCUUCAUGAGCAGCUGGGAGGUGUGUACGAGAGAACGCUGUCUGUGGAUGGAGAGGACACCACACUGGUGGUCAUGGACACCUGGGAGGCUGAGAAACUGGAUGAAAGUUGGAACCAGGAGUCAAUCCUGCAGGCCGCCAGCGCCUACAUCAUCGUGUACUCCAUAGCAGAUCGCAGCAGCUUUGAGAGUGCCUCAGAGCUCCGAAUCCAGCUGAGGCGCACGCAUCAGGCCGACCACGUGCCCAUCAUCCUAGUGGGCAACAAGGCCGACCUGGCCCGCUGCCGGGAAGUCUCUGUUGAAGAGGGCCGCGCCUGCGCAGUGGUGUUUGACUGCAAGUUCAUCGAGACUUCCGCCACUCUGCAGCACAAUGUGACAGAGCUCUUCGAGGGCGUGGUGCGCCAACUGCGCCUGCGCCGCCAGGACAAUGCGGCUCCGGAGACACCUUCAUCUCGACGACGGGCUAGCUUGGGCCAGCGAGCCCGCCGCUUCCUGGCACGCCUGACAGCACGCAGUGCACGACGCCGGGCACUCAAGGCCCGCUCCAAGUCCUGCCACAACCUGGCUGUACUCUGAGGCCAGCGCCUCUCUGGGGUGAUGGGACCCUGUGGUGCCACUGAGGACAAAAGUUGCGUCGUUGGAGUCCUCGUGGUCGACCUUGCCUGUUACCAGGAUAGCCAGACCAUGGCCAGGAGCCAGGGCUUUGGGGACCCUUCCUGCCUGGUGAAGUGAUAAAUAGACAAGACUAUGCGGCUAUAAACCCAAGCUAGGCACAGGGGUGUUUUUUGUUUUUUCUUUUCUACAGGAUGGGCGUCUUUUUGCAAAAAGUCUUUCUUGUCCCUGGGCUGUGACCAACUCUCAGAAUGUACAAUAAGCCAGUCCAGGAUGUCCUGUCUGAUGUGUGGAUGUCUCUCAGUAGACUCUUCCAGGAAUCUCCACCUCCUCCCCAAACAUCUAACUUGACUGUAGACUGGCUUGGCCUGCUGGCCUAGAUAUCUUGGACAAUCAAUAAAGUCAGUGAAUUAAUUAUA